CCGUGUGAACUGAGGCAGGGCUUUUACUUUCUCGGCGAGGUUCCUGGCACUGGGGGAUGUGCCUCUGUGCUCUCUGUGGCUGUGCUGACGCUGCUGCAUGAGAAAAAAAGAAAUAGCUGGCUGCAGCCUUUCAGGGACUCCUCUCGCGGACCGCCGGAGCACAGUGCAAUAAAUAUGGCAGCAGAGCUAUCCACUUCCAUAAACAUCAAGGAGCCCCGGUGGGACCAGAGCACAUUUGUAGGUCGGGCCAAACAUUUCUUCACCGUCACGGACCCGAGGAACAUCCUCCUCACCAACGAACAACUCGCGCACGCGCACAAAAUCAUCACUGACUACAGGCAAGGUGUAGUCUCUCCAGGCCUGACAGAGGAUGAGCUGUGGAGAGCCAAAUAUGUUUUUGACUCGGCUUUCCAUCCCGACACCGGGGAGAAGAUGAUCCUGAUCGGACGCAUGUCAGCACAGGUUCCCAUGAACAUGACCAUCACCGGGUGCAUGAUGACGUUUUACAAGACGACUCCAGCUGUGUUGUUCUGGCAGUGGAUUAAUCAGUCUUUCAAUGCAAUAGUCAACUAUACCAACCGGAGCGGCGACGCCCCGAUCACAGUCAGUCAGCUUGGCACAGCUUAUGUGUCUGCCACCACGGGGGCAGUUGCCACCGCUCUAGGACUAAAUGCACUAACAAAGCAUAUCUCACCUCUGAUUGGACGUUUUGUCCCAUUUGCUGCUGUGGCUGCUGCGAACUGUAUCAACAUCCCACUGAUGAGACAAAGAGAGCUUCAGCACGGCAUCCCCAUAACAGAUGAAAAUGACAACAGGUUAGGAGAGUCGACGAAAGCUGCACAGCAGGCAAUCUCUCAGGUUGUGGUCUCUAGGAUCCUCAUGGCUUCUCCAGGAAUGGCUAUCCCCCCGUUUUUAAUGAACCAUUUGGAGAAGAAGGCGUUCCUGAAGAAGUUCCCAUGGAUGAGUGCACCUAUUCAAGUCGGCCUGGUGGGAUUCUGUCUGGUGUUCGCCACCCCGCUCUGCUGUGCACUGUUCCCUCAGAAGAGCUCCAUGUCAGUCAGCCGCCUGGAGCCGGAGCUGCAGGAGAAAAUCCGGGCCAGCCACCCGGGAGUGGAGAGGGUUUACUUCAACAAAGGGCUAUGAGCACGCGUCCCCUCCAUCCAAACACUGCCGUAACACAGCUGCGGGCUCGGUCCUCACCUCUCUGCCAGCUCUCCUCAUUCCGUGUGCCAAAGUUAAGUUCGUGUCUGCUCAUUUCCACCAUUCACAUGGGUAUCCGAGGACUCCCCCUCUCA